CUCCUACCUGCAUUCAGGAACGAACGAAUACGGUCCAACGCGGACUCUGAUGUGUGUCGACAUCGUGUUUUACCCAUGUUUAAACGUCGCUGGGACCUUGGCCGUGGGUACCAAUCAAGAUGAGCGACGGGACGACGGGCGAGCGCGAGCGGCUGCCGAGAGGCGUCAAGCGCGAUAGCGACUACGCCGUCCUCAACACGGGCCAAUUGAUCCCGGACGUCGAGAGUCCCAAGCAAGCAAUGGCAACCAAGAAGCGGCCGCCUGUCUGCGUGUGGUGCCACGAGCCCGGUGACGUCGUACCCUGCGUCAACUGCGACAGCCCGUUUCACCGCGUGUGCGCCAUGAAGCGUGACCCGAGCGCAACAGCGCUCUGCGCCAAGUGCUUGCCCCGCGGCCCGCGCUACCGGCUGCCGAAUGCCACGUCGCUCGACGACGCGGUGCGACUGCUGCGCGAAGCCACGAACAUUGUCGUGCUCGUUGGCGCCGGCAUCAGCGUGUCGUGUGGCAUCCCCGACUUUCGCUCCGAGAAUGGCAUUUACACCAUCAUCCAAAAGAUGGGUCUCAACCUGCCCGAACCGGAAGCGCUCUUUGACAUUGAUUUCUUCCGCUCCGACCCGUCCCCAUUCUUCCAUUUUGCCAUGGACUUUUUCAAUGGCACGUAUACACCGUCGCGCACGCACCGCUUUCUGCGCGAGCUCCAUGACGCCAAGAAGCUCCUCCGCGUCUACUCUCAGAACAUUGACGGGCUCGAGGCGGAUGCCGGUGUCCCGAACGUCGUCGCCUGCCACGGGUCCCUCGCCACCGCGUCCUGCAUGCUGUGCGGGAAGAACGCGCCGACGUCUACGCUGCGCUUGUCCGAGGUCGUAGCGGCGAAUGCGAUUCCGCGCUGCGACUGCGGCGGUGUCAUGAAGCCCGACAUUACCUUUUUUGGGCAAGCGCUUGCGCCUUCGAUUCGUGAGUCACUGGCCAUGGACGCACCCAAGGUCGACCUUCUCAUUGUGAUUGGCACGUCCUUGCAAGUGUCGCCGGUCUCGGACAUCCCCGCCUACUUGCCGCGCGACGUGCCGCAGCUGCUCAUCAACAUGGAGUCGGUCAUUGCGCGGGGCACGGAUGGCUUUGACGUGGAGCUUCUCGGCGCCUGUGACACAGUCGUCGAAUAUUUGCACCACGCCAUGGCGACGACGAACGACGAGGCAGCGACGGUGGCGGGGUCGCCCCACCACCACGAACCCAAUGUCUAUUGCUUUGGUACGGAUGCGUGCUACUGGAGCGACGACGAGGACGACGACGAGAAGGGGCCGCUCGUCGACGACUAUUUCCAGUGCGACGGUUGCGCCGAGGAAGUCGACUGCGAAGAAGCCCCGCGCUACUCGUGCACGACGUGCUUUGACUACGACCUUUGCGAAGCCUGCCACGCGUCGGACGCCGUCAAGGCGAGCCACUACGAUGGCCAGCAUGAGUUUGCUCUGCAUUAGACGAGCCUGUAACGCGUCUGCAAAGAACAGUAUACAGUGGACGGGAUUGGGAAGGUUAUUACACGAACGCUUCGUCGCGCAGUCGCGCCAAGAUGGCACGCUCCACGAACGCAGCGAGUUCGGGGUCGUCCGGGAGAUUGCA